AUGGGGGGCAAAACUAACAAGGCCGCUUAUUUCGAGAAGCUCCGGGGCUUGUUGGAGGAGUACAAGUCGGUCUUCAUCGUCUCCGUCGACAAUGUCAGCUCUCAGCAGAUGCACGAGAUCCGACAGUCCCUCCGUGGUGAGGGUGUCGUUCUCAUGGGAAAGAACACCAUGAUCCGACGUGCUCUUCGUACCUUCAUCGCUGACCUCCCCGACUACGAGCGCCUCCUCCCCUUCGUCCGAGGCAACGUCGGCUUCGUCUUCACCAACGCCGACCUCAAGGAGGUCCGCGACAAGAUCCUCAACAACCGAGUUGCCGCCCCCGCUCGUGCCGGUGCCGUCGCCCCCGUCGACGUCUGGGUCCCCGCCGGAAACACCGGCAUGGAACCCGGCAAGACCUCCUUCUUCCAGGCCCUCGGUGUCCCCACCAAGAUUGCCCGUGGUACCAUUGAAAUCACCACCGAUCUCAAGCUCGUCGAGGCCAACACCAAGGUCGGCCCCUCCGAGGCCACCCUCCUCAACAUGCUCAACAUCUCCCCCUUCACCUACGGUCUCGGCAUCGUCCAGGUCUACGACCAGGGCAACGUCUUCCCCCCCUCCGUGCUCGACAUCACCGACGAGCAGCUCCUCGAGACCCUCCAGAAGGCCAUCACCACCAUCGCCACCAUCUCCCUCGCCACUAACUUCCCUACCCUCCCCUCCAUCGCCCACUCCCUCAUCAACGGCUACAAGAAGGUUCUUGCCGUCGCUGUUGUCACCGAGUACGGCUGGCCCGAGAUUGAGGAGCUCAAGGACCGCAUCGCCAACCCCGAUGCCUACGCUGCUGCUGCUCCUGCCGCCGGCGCUGGUGCCGACGCUGGCGCCGCCAAGGAGGAGGCUAAGAAGGAGGAGUCUGAGGAGGAGGAGUCCGAGGACGAGGGCGGCUUCGGCGGUCUCUUCGACUAA